AUGUCUGCGGCGGUUGCUUCGACAGUUUCCACCACUAUAACACAUCAUUCUGAUCCGCGUAAUUCUUCCCCAAUGGACGCGAAAAAGGCGGGCUUAGACAAUGAAGACUCUCGGGCGACGUCUUCGGAUAUCAAAGAUACGAAGCCUGAAGUAGAUGGUCAAUCCUCGCUGGCGCCGCCUCCACGUCCAGCCAUAACAAGCACUACUGACACUCCUGAUUACUUCAACUCAGUCCACAACCCUUUCUCUCUAGAGCCCAACCCUUUCGAACAGUCCUUCGGCAGUGGUGGCUCGUCGAGUGAAACCCCGGGAAAAUCGAUCCUUCCCCCGGUCGCAGCCCUCACCUCUCCUGCCCUACCAGGCGCUACCUCCGCUGGUGGUGGCUAUAGCUGGUCAAACUCAUUGCGCUCUGGCCCGUUGAGCCCUGCCAUGCUGGCGGGCCCGACUGGCUCUAGUGAUUACUUUGACAGCAUCGGCCGGGGGUUUCCUACUCCCAACGAGUCGUCUCUUCGUACUGGACUAACCCCGGGCGGCGGGGGUUCUAUGUUCCCGGCCCCCAGCCCCAACUCCCAGGCGCUCUUGCAGCAACUGCAGAGCGGGGGAGCGACACCCUCCACCAUUGAAUUCCAUCGUACUGCCUUGAACGCUGCCAAGAAGAACAGCUUGAACGGGCCUACUUCUAACCCAACCACGGAGUCUGAUCCCGCUCAGAACUCCAGUAUGGAUGUUAAGCCAAACCAAUCCACCGGUGCCGAUCCAUUCGGUCACCAUGACGCAGCGGAUGCGGCUAAUGGGCUUUUCAUGCUUGCUAAAGGCGGGCAGGCGAAUCCCAACCAGUUCCCGGUUCCUAACCAGACGUCGAUCCAACCGCAAAGCCUCCAAAGUAACGAUCAGCCACGCGACCCUGCCGAUAGACGCAACUCUCAGAACAUGAACGGUGCAGUGAACGCUGGCCGAGAGACAAGUGGCGACGUCUCCGAUAUGCAGGGCGAGGCGAAGCCAGCUGGUAAGGGCAAGGCCAAGAAGGGCGCCGUAGCGAAGACCGCGAAUGCGGGAAAUAAUAGGCGCAAGGCCGAAGAUGCGCCCAAAGGGGGUAACAAAAAGGUCAAAACCAGUAAUGGACCUAGCAGUGUUGACCUCGAGCCUCCUUCCGAUAUGGGGGAGUCAGAUGACGACGACGAUGAAAUGAAGAGAAAGAACGGGGACACAAAGAAGAUGACCGACGAAGAAAAGAGAAAGAACUUCCUUGAGAGGAACAGGGUCGCGGCGCUCAAAUGCCGUCAGCGCAAGAAGCAGUGGCUUGCCAACCUUCAGGCAAAGGUUGAGUUGUUCACCUCGGAGAACGAUGCACUCACUGCCACCGUCACACAGCUUCGCGAGGAGAUCGUCAACCUCAAGACUCUAUUGCUUGCGCACAAAGAUUGCCCUGUCUCCCAAGCUCAGGGCAUUGGUCCCAUCAUGAUGAACGCCAUGCCGACAGGCUACGAGUCGCACCCGUACAACAUCCCGGGGGGCAUGGGAAUGCAACCUGGACCCAUCCCCGCACAGGCUAUGCGGCGAUAA